GUGCUGCAUGUCGGGAACAAAUUUUGUAGCUUGGAGACCACGGAAAAUAAACACGAGCGCUUAGGCCUAUUUGCUGCGUUUGUGUGAUGGCUGGAAAUGUGUGCGGUGCCCGAAACCCCCCUGUUGCUGGCUGCGAUAAAGGCGAUUAUGAUGAACAAAUCCGACGUAUUCAGGCACAUCUCCGGCACAGUGAAUCAAAGAGGGUGGAACUGGAAAGAAAAAUGCUUGAAUACAGCACACCUGAUACUUCCAUAACUAAAUUGAAAUACGCAAAUCUAAAAAAAUAUUUAAAUGAAAUAUGUGAACGUCAGAAGAACUCUCUGCUCCGAAACCAAGAUUUAUUAAAAGAAUUUGAUUGUAUUGAAGCUCACAUUAGGAAGUUUGCUUCAAGAUCAGAGUCCCUUCCAAAGCUAAAGGCAGAGUAUGAAAAAGAAAUUAAAAAUAGGCUGUUAGUUGAGAGAAAAGAUACGUUAAAACAUGAGAUGAGAGAUGGUCCUAAACAUCAGAUGAUUCCAGAAGCAAGGCAGUCAGGAAUUAAUACCAGGACAGCGAUGUCAAGAGGACUAUAUCAUUCAGCAACUAUCUUUAUGGGUCGCCAAAUGUCAGCUGUCUCAAGCGUGGAAGAUUUUGGUGCACUGCAGAAGUCUGAGCUCACAAAGAGCUUUUCAAUUUCUGACCCAUAUUCCUAUAGACAACCAUCACAGAGCUGCUAUAUGACAGACAGCUGUGUAGUUCAAACUAAUAGUGAUCUACAGUGCUCAAAUAAGUCUGACAAAAUAGAUGGGAAGACAUCUCUGCUGAAAGCUGAAGAAAUGCCAAUCACAUCCAGUGUAUCAUAUGAGAAUGAAAGAACUUGUUUAACAGGGGAAAGUAUAGCAAAUAAUGACAGCAAUAAUUUUGUGGAAAACAAGGCCCACCCUGAACCUAAAUCUCUGCUACACAGAAAAUUAAGUUUUGAGAACAGAUCCACCAGUUUGAAAAGUUACAGUCCCUGCAAAUCAUUGACCCGUGAACAUUCUUUACAAUAUGAACAAGGAACUAAAGAGCCCAUCUCGUUGAUUGGUGAUCCUGACUUACUUGUUUCUGCCAAUGAGUGCUCAGAAGAAAAAUUCCCAGUUUUGGGGAGCACCAUACAAUUGGACAAAAAUAUACUGCAGGAGGAAGAUAAAAGUUUAAGUAGCAGCACAGAUCUUACUGUUUCAUUGAGUGAGGAGGAGGAGGAAUCAACUUCUUUGAAACUACAACAAAAUCUAAACAGUGCAGAUUGCAAACUUGACAAUACAAUAUGUAAUAAUGAAGAAUAUUCUCAAAUGUUUUUUUCAACUGAACACUCAUGUUCUGGCCUCGAGCUAAGAGAAUGUCUAUCAUUUGAAGGAUUUUGUCAUGUCUUAGCUUUCAUAGAAGAACUGGUGGCCAAAGUACCUUCUGAAUGCCCGGCAUUAUACCAGAGAGAAACUGCUAAUACAGCAGAACUAGAGAAGCUCAUAAGACUCUGUAAUAAAGGUGUCAGUUUGGCACAAGAAAACUUUGAUGCAUGUGAAGCACUGGUCCUUUAUCAACUUCAGAAAUUAUUGCAAACUACAAUGAAUGGAUGCCUUUUACAAGAUAGAAUGUUUAAUGACAAAAGGGAAAGACUGAAUGAAGAACAAAGCAGAUCUGAAUUGGCUUCUUAUUUUACUAAGAUUUGGGAACGUUUAAGCAAACAUAUCUUAUUCUUGCAAAAGCACCACAUUUUACUCAGACAAGAAGUGAAAGACAUAUUUGGUACCCUAUUGAUUUUGGAGAAUCAUAAAGAAGAAAGCCCGACUUCUCCAGUGUUCAAAGACUUUGUAGAUGAUUGUGAAGACAGAUCAUUUUCCUGUAGUGAUAAAACCUCCUAUAAUUCACGAGCGAAAAAUAGCCCAGAAAAGCAAGGUUUAAACAUCAGUGGCUUAAAGGAACAAAAAAGUAAUGGAACCAGUUCUGAGCCCAGUUUUUCAUCUCUGGAGAGGAAAAGUUCUUUGCCAAGAGAUGAAAAUCAAAGAGGAAUAAUAUCUACAAUAAAAUCUAAAGCUUUUUGGGGUGAUUCUGAUGACAGCAAUUCUGAUAUUGAAGCAGCCCUACGCCCCCAGGAACACUGUUCACAAGAUGGAUUCAGUGAUUUCUAUGACUGAAGACCUAAUUUGAUACUCACUUACAAACAAAUGAUAAAAAGCCAGUAGCAAUUUUUAAGGGGGAAAGUGGUUUCAGGAAAGGUCAAUCUGGAAUGGAUACCCUGAUGGAAUGGAUAUCCUGAUGUACCUUACCAUUCCAGCCACACCAAAUCAUUCUCUCUCCUACGUUCACCCAAUAUUUUUGUGAAUGAUUAUAAGUCUUCUGAAAACCAAACUCAAAGAGCACCAAAAUCCCAACAACCUAAGAUUUACAUCUGGAUUUGCUUGAAAUCUGAAGUACAAAGAAGAGAAAGGGAGAGUAAUUUUGGAGUUGGAAAACUGUAGGCCUUUAAUUUAUAUAUUCCUUCCUAUACCUGUUCCUUGAUCCAAUUACUUUGUUGAAAAAAGUGUAUUCUUAUACUUGAAUGGCCUUCAAACUAAUGGAUCCAGUUCAGGUCAAAGCAACUACGAUGUUUAUUAAUGCCAUUAUGAAUUUUACAUUAAAUAAAAACAACUGAUAGGUUGGGACCUUGUUCAUAUUUGUAGUUUUAAUUGUUUACUACUGCUUGCAUCAGGAGGGAAGUUUUUAGUUAUGGAAAUAGUAGUUAAAAAAAUUAAAAGCAUGAUUAAAAGAGGGAUGAGGAAAUUUCACAAAAAGAGCAAUUGUAUGAAUAAUGGCAUUUCUGGCUUAGCUCUAUAUUUUUUUAGCUAUAUAAGUAAAGCAUAUUAUUUCAGAAAUCAAAUUUGUAAACGUGUCUUCUUACCCUUAGUUUAGCUUGGACAACGCAAGAUAUUAUAUUUGUUGUCUUUUUAUACUCCCAAUAAAAUGUACUGCUGAAAACCUGGAA